AAUGGCGGACCGAUAUUUCGCGAACGACAUGCCGGAAUUCGUAGAAGAGGCGCCGGCGGACGAGGCUAAAGUGGGCUCUUUCUCAAAGCUACUCUCUCUUCCUUAUCCAACUCUCUCCGGUAUGCUCAGAAGCUCCGGUUUGGACCUCAAACAAACGGUGGUGAUGCAGACAUGGGGUGUGAGUGGCAAGCGUGUGGAAGAUUAUACUAUGUAUACAGGGGCUCUUGGGACUGCUUGGUUGGCCUUUAAGGCUUACCUAGUCACCAACAACCACACUGAUCUUAAAUUGUGCUCUGACAUUGUUAAGGCCUGUGAUAUAGCUUCUAGAGAUUCUGGGUAUGUGUCAUUCAUAUGUGGGCGGGCUGGCGUUUGUGCCCUCGGUGCUGUGGUGGCAAAGCAUGCUGGUGAUGAAAUGCUACUUGGCCACUACUUAUCAAAAUUUAAAGAGAUCAAGCUCUCUAGCAAUCUUCCAAAUGAGUUAUUAUACGGCAGAGCUGGGUACUUAUGGGCCUGUUCAUUCUUAAACAAGAAUGUUGGAAAUGGAACAAUUUCUACUAUUCGCAUAAGAUCAGUUGUGGAUGAGAUUAUAAAGGAUGGUAGACAAUUGGCCAAGAAGGGACGGAGCUCAUUGAUGUACGAAUGGCAUGGGAAGAAAUACUGGGGUGCUGCCCAUGGUCUGGCAGGAAUUAUGUAUGUUUUGAUGACUGUGCAACUGAAACCUGAGGAGGUUGAGGAUGUCAAGGGUACUCUACGUUACAUGAUUAAGAAUCGCUUUCCCAGCGGUAACUUUCUUUCAAGUGAAGGAAGUGAAUCAGACCGUCUUGUGCACUGGUGCCAUGGUGCUCCUGGAGUUGCUCUUACACUUGUUAGAGCAGCUGAGGUUUUCGGAGAUGAGGAAUUUGUGCAGGCGGCUAUACAUGCAGGAGAAGUGGUGUGGAGACGGGGUCUGCUAAAGCGAGUUGGCCUAUGUCAUGGCAUAAGUGGGAACACUUGUGUGUUUCUUUCACUCUACCGAUUAACAGGUAAGGUGGAAUACUUGUACAGGGCCAAAGCAUUCGCUUGCUUUUUGUAUGACAAAGGGCUAAAACUCAUAUCAGAGGGAAGGAUGCAUGGAGGUGACCGCCCCUAUUCCCUGUUUGAGGGUGUUGGAGGAAUGGCGCAUCUCUUUUUGGACAUGACUGAACCAUCUGAAGCUCGGUUUCCCGGAUAUGAACUUUAAACUAGUUCUAUGCAAUAUAUUAGAAGUACAUACCCGACUCUUGUUUUGUUUUGUUCUGUAAAUAUUGAAGGAGUAUAUAAAUAAAUAUGUAACAGGUUGAUCUGCA